UUGGCUGAUCAAGAUAGAGGCUGUGCAAAGGAACAGGAUUAGAGACAGCCCAGGGUUUCCUUUUUGAGGAGGUUAAAACAUUUUUUUUUCUCGCUGACUUCCUUCCUGUUCUAACUGCCAGCACUCAGAAGUCAGAGUUGAGAGACAGAGGCACACGACAGGACAGAGACGUGACCGCUGAAUAUCACGAUGACAGAAAAGGACACAGAGCCACAGCUGGAUGAAGGUGACGAUGAGCUAGACAGCAAGCUCAAUUACAAGCCACCACCUCAGAAGUCCUUGAAGGAGCUGCAGGAGAUGGAUAAAGAUGAUGAAAGUCUUACUAAGUACAAGAAGACCCUGCUGGGAGAUGCACCUGUUGUUGCAGACCCAACACUCCCAAAUGUGACCGUCACACGGCUCACUCUGGUUUGUGAUAGUGCACCAGGACCAAUCACCAUGGACCUUACCGGGGACCUUGAAGCUCUCAAAAAAGAAACCUUUGUGCUAAAAGAAGGUAUUGAAUAUAGAGUCAAAAUUCACUUCAAAGUAAACAAGGAUAUUGUGUCAGGCCUGAAAUAUGUUCAGCACACCUAUCGGACUGGGCUGAAAGUGGAUAAAGCAACAUUUAUGGUUGGUAGCUAUGGGCCUCGACCGGAGGAGUAUGAGUUCCUCACUCCAGUCGAAGAGGCUCCCAAGGGCAUGCUGGCCAGAGGCACCUACCACAACAAGUCCUUCUUCACCGAUGACGACAAGCACGACCACCUCACCUGGGAAUGGAACCUGUCCAUUAAGAAGGACUGGACAGAAUGAGUGCAUCUGCCUGCUCUCCCUCCUACCCUUACCACCUGGGAGAAUCCUCCCAGCCAUGCUGAUCGUCCUGUCCGUCUUCCCUCCCUCGCCCCUGUUCCCAGCUGGGACCCUUCUCCAAUGCCCCCCACAUUUCCUCAUGACGUGUCUCUACCCUUGUCUCUCAAAGCAGUCCCCGGAGAGCACAUGAGGCUUAAACCCUGCCUGCUCCAAGUUCUCCAUCUCAUUUAACGUCUCUCUAACCUGUUCCUAUUUGAGCAAUUAGAGGUCCAAAAAUUGGCAAACUACCAUUAUCAGUUCUUCUGCCUUAGGUUUAGUAGCUCAUUCCCAUCCCUGGAUUCUUUUGGGGUUGCUGCUGGCUCAAUGACUCCCUUGUAAUAUGUCCUACCAGUUGGGGUUCUUCUUAUGUGGGAGACACUGUAAACAUAAGAGAGUAAGAAUAAAACCACUGUAUGUUCUGAGUGAGA